GAUAUUCCAUGGUGACCAAUAAUUAAAUGUAGUUUAGGUCACAAUGUUAAAAUUAUCCUUACACAUGGCAGAUCAUACUAGUUUGAAUAUGUUGCUACUCAAUCUUUUUUUUUACUUUUUAAAAAUUUUUGGCAAAACACAGACAAAUUAAAAAUAAAGGAAGGCUCUUGAGGAUUUUGAGAACUCACACAACUCAUCUGUGUAUUUAUAAUUUUCUUGAUCCCAGUGGAUUUCAAAUGGCAUUUUAAUGAUGCAAGCUAUACUUGUUUAGGUGCUCAAAGGAUUAUAUCCAAAGUACUAUGGAACCCAACAUAAAUAAUUUGCUGCCAUGUAAAGAUACUAAUUUGGAGGUUAAAGUUAUCAUCUCCUUGCAUUAAUUGGUAUCCCUACUGAUCUUGGGUUUAAUAUAAAAAUAGUUAGAUCUAAUUCUUGGUAUCUCUAUUCUUCUUGUACCAGGGUUUAUAUUGAUUUUAGUUUUACAUGAGACUUUAAUGCAUCUCUCUCAGUGUCUCUGUCUCUGUCUGGUUUAAUAAGUAAGAUUAAUUCAUACUUUUGUUCUUUCUGUUCCUUGUCCCUUGUGGGGCCAUAUAAAGUCAAAGAUUUGGAAAUGAGGUAUAGACAUGAAGCAUUAUUAUAGGAUCUAAGUAGGUAAAUUCUGAUUCAUCACAGGUCAUAUCAUCCAUCUGGAAACAUCACUACAAACAGUAAGUCUCUGAAAGAACAUGGUUAUAUCAGCAAGGAUAUUUUACGUAAAUAUCUCUGUGUAUACAUAGGUCAUUCAUUGCAUGUAAUACCUUCUUCCCACUUUUCAAAUUAAGACAUUAGUCAAAAUAAGGCUUUGGAGGGAUAAAUUUUACUGAUAUAUUUGUUAUUUUGAUGUAGUAUAAAGAGAACUGAAAUUGAAAUGUGGAGAACUUGGUUUGUAUUUCAGACCCGAGUCUUAUUAACUAUGAUUGUGAUUGUGAGUAAGUGAUUCAGCCUCUUAGUCAGCUAUCUCAUCUGUAUAAUGAGCAUAACAGCAUUUUCCUCUCAAACUUGUGGGAGGAAACUAAUUCAUGAAAUUUAAAUGGUAAUAUUGAGUAAUAUAACAAAUUAUCUGAUUAUUAUAAUUAUUUUGUCAAGGUGUAUGAGACUUGAAGUUUUCAAAAUGGUUUUAUUGUCUUGAAUGCAGCUAAUAUUUUUAUGUGCCCACUAUACACAGGACCCUGUAGUGGACACUGUGGAUACAAAGACAAAAACAUGAAACAAUCCCUAAUUUCAGGGAACUUAACAUUCCAUUGGUAAGAAAAAGACAAAAUAUUUAGAUAGAUAUGUAAAUACAAGAAAAGUUGAGUAAGGACAGAGUUUCAUAAACCAGACUUCUGGUGUUGAUCCUUGAGGGGAGAUACAAAGGAAGCUUGAGAUGCUAAGAAGCAGAGAUAAGGAGCUAGUUUUUAUAACAAAGAGGGCAGAAUUCUGAGUCUGGGAAGGAGAUAUUAGGAAAGUUUGGUUGAAAUGUAGAGUAUGUGUCUGAGUGUCAAGUGAAAUGAAUCUGAAGGUGAGGCUGGAUUCAGAUUGUUCAGGACUCUGCAUAUCAAGCUAAAGAAUUGUUAUUUUGACCUCAAUACAAUAAGGGAUCUUUUCAAGCCUUGAGUAAGCCAGUGACAUGGUCAGCGAAAGGCUUUAGGAAGAUCAUUUUUGUAGGAUUUCUAGAAGACAGUUUAGAGAAAACAGAGAAUAGACUUUUAAUUAUGAGGUUUUGCAAUUGUCCAAGUGAGAGAAGACACAAACCAGAAUUAGGGUGGGGGCUGUGUGAGUGGACAUAAGAGGAGAUGAGAAUAAUGUUGUGGAUAUAGAAGUGGCAACAUUUGGCAGUUGACUGGUUGGGGAAGGGGAAGAUGGAGAAAAGAGUAGAAAUUGAUUCCGGAAUUGCAAACCAGGGUAAUUAGAAGGAUGGUGGGGCUCUGAGCCAAAGCAAGAAAUGAUGAAAAUAAGUAGUUUUAGCUUGAAAGUUAGGGGUGAGUUGUCUUUUAGACUUGAGAUUGAAAUGCCUUUGGGACAAGUAUGUACAAAAGUCCAACUAUUGUUGAGUUGUGAAUUAGAGUUCAGAGCUGGAUAUAUAGACCUGAGAUUUAUCUGAAUGGAGAUGUUAAUGGCAGGAGAAGUUAAGCUCAUUGAGAAAGUAGAGGAAAAGUGGAGAGGAUGUAGGACAGAAGAUGGGGACAUAUGUAUGAUUAAGAGGCUACAGAGGGAUAAUGAUAUGGCAAAGAAGGCAGAGAAGAAAAGAUCAGAUAAGUAGGAGAAAUAUCAUCACCAGUAAAGACAGAAUUCUGAAAAUCCAUGAGGACAAAGAAUUUAUGAAGAGUAGGUGGUCCACCUUGACUCACGUUUUAAAGGGGUCCGGAAUCAAUCCACAAGUAUUUAUUAAGUACCUACAAUUUUUCAUCCACUUUGCUACCUGCUAAUGAUAAAAACACAAAUACUAAAAAAAAUUCGUUUCCUAUCCUCUAGGAAUUUAAAUAAAGAUUAUAAAACUACUAUGAUUUAGAAAUUGGGAAAUCAUUGGUAAUUUUGUAGAGAAAAUUUCCAGGGUUAUGGUGGGGUCAGAAACAAGAUCAUAAUGGGAGACUCAAGCAAUGUGUUUUUUUUUUGUUUGUUUGUUUGUUUUUUGUUCCUAAGAGCUGAUUGGGAAAGGGAAGAAAUACAGUAUAACUUGAUAUGAUGUCAGGAUCAAAUGAAAGCUUUUUUAAAAGGAUUUAAAUGAUUGGAUAGGGCUGAGCUGUUUUCUUAGAAAGAGAAGAAGCUGACAGAUAAAAACAUUAAAGGAGGAAAUCUUAGAGUUGCAAUAAGAGGCAUGGGAACAAUGAAACAAGUAGAAAAAUUGGGUUUUCAGGAAAGAAGGACUAUCUCUUUUUCAGAGAGUGUUGCAAAGAUAACAGGAUAUGUUAUUAAUGAAUUUUGAAUUGUAAAAAGGAAAGAAAAGGGGCUCCAUAAAGACAGCCUUUCUUUUUUCAGAAAAGUAUCAUACAAAUGAUUUGUUGAGAGGGAAAUGCAAAGUAGGAAGUGUUGAAAAAUUGCCUCAGCACUCUACAAUUUUUUGUUUAUCAAGGCAUUCUUUUUUUCCUGUAAUUAAAGAGAAUUGGACCAUAGACCUAUAAAUGAGUGUUCUAGUCAGAUACUUACUUUUCUGAGAGGAAAGAUGUCUUAAUAUUUCAUAUCCUUUUAUAAUAGAUUUAGAAAAGAAGAAAUAUAUGACUAGAGUUGGGAGCAAUAAGAAUAUUCCAGGAAAAAGAAAUAAUCAAUUAAAAUUUUUCUAUUUCAAAUUUAACAAGCAUAACCAAAUGCAAACAUUUCAAGUUAGUUUGACCCUUGAAGGAAAUAUAAAAUAAAAGAUGUAAAAUUAUACUUUCUGAUUCUUUUGUGCAUUUAAAAAAUGUUUUAUUGUUCUUUUUCUCCCACCACGUCUGUCACUGCCCACUUAGCUACUUCCCUCCAAUUCACAGUGGAAACCCUCUCUUUUAAGAGAUAUGCAUAGUCCAGCAACUCAAAUCAACAGAUAAUUAAAUGUGAGAAUACACAUUUCAUUCUGUACACCUAUUCCAUCAACUCUCUGCCAAGAAGUGGAAGGUAAUAUUUCCUUAUCAAUAUUUUAAAGACAUAAUUUGUCAAAAAUUUAGACUGCAUUGAGGUCAUUCAAAUUUGUUACCCCUUUCAGAAUUAUUGUGUUCGUCACAAAAAUUGUUCUUAAAGUCCUACUGAAGUCACUCUGUAUAUGUCAAUAAAAGUAUUUCCAUAUUACAUGAAGGAGUCAUAUUCAUCAUUUACUAUGGCACAAGAAAUCACCACUAUUUUUCUAUGCCACAGUCUAAUCACCUAUUUUCAAACUGGAGGAUACAAUAUGUAAACAGGAUAUGGUUACAGCAGGUUGAGCAAGUGCUUUUUAUUGUUUUAACUAGAAAUAGCAGAUUUCCCCAGGGGAAUGUUCCCAUAAUUCUUUAGUCUAACAAUACCAAGCCAAAUGAUAGACCUUUGUUGUAAUGCAAAGUUCUAGGAGCAAAAUACAUUGAGAAGACUUAGAAUUCAGAUCUCCCAUUCCUCCUCUUUUAUGAAUGUAGAGUAUGUGUCAUCUUGGAGACCAGAACUUUCUUUGUGUCAUUUAUCAUGAGAUGCAUAAGAUUUUCACUUGUGGUAAGUGGUCAUCCGAAUGAUCAGGGAUCACAAAGCAGACUACUUCUUUGGAAUGCAUUAUCAAUGGUGUUUACUUGGAAGAACAGCAUUUAGCCAUUUGGAUAGGGUCUCUGCAUUUAUUUUAAAAUGGUUCUUAUAGUGGGAGUAAACUAACCUCUUCAUUCUUACAGACUUUUCUACAUUAUCAGAAUAGCAAAAUUGGUAAAUAAUAAAGUAUAGUUUGUUGACAGGGAAAAAUUUGUAGAAAACAAAUCAAUUCAUCUCUGCUUUGCUUGUAAGCUGAAGCAAAGUAUGGAAGUACGAAUAGAAUAGGCAUGUACUAGAUGGUUUCCUGAAUACAUCAAUAGGCAUACGCAAAUCUUAGCCUCUUUUUCCCAUUUUAAUUUUCUUUUCUUCUGUCUAAUAGGCACUCUUUCUAAGACAGAUGUCUGGCAAUAACUGCACUGCUGUCAAUGAAUUCAUUAUUUUGGGGUUGACAGAUGAUCCAACUCUUCGUGUCAUCCUCUUUGUGUUAUUUCUGGGUGUCUAUGCUGCUACAUUACUUGGUAAUCUUAGCAUAAUCAUACUGAUCAGAAAUAGCCCCCAACUUCACACUCCAAUGUAUCUUUUCCUCAGCCACUUGGCUUUUGUAGAUGCUGCAUAUUCCUCCUCUGUCACACCUGUUAUGCUCAAGAACUUUCUUGAGGACAAAUCCACAAUUCCUCUGGGAGGCUGUGUGGCCCAAUUAUUUUGUGGAUGCACCUUUGGGACUGCAGAGUGCUUCCUGCUGGCUGUAAUGGCCUAUGAUCGGUAUGUAGCCAUAUGCAGUCCCUUACUCUACUCCACUCAAAUGUCUACUAGUGUCUGCACUCUAUUAGGCAUCACAUCCUACUUGGGUGGCUGUAUAAAUGCUUUCAUUGUCUUUGGUUGCUUAUUGAAUCGGUCCUUCUGUGGACCCAACAAGAUCAAUCAUUUUUUCUGUGAUUACGCUCCACUUUUAAAGCUUUCUUCCUACCAAGAUGAUCUUGCUGAAAUUCUUCCUGCUGCAUCUUCUGGGUCCAUAAUUGUGAUCACAGUGUUAAUUAUAAUAAUCUCUUAUGUAUAUAUCCUCUUCUCUGUCCUGAAUAUAAGUUCCACUGAAGGGAGAUCCAAAGCUUUCUCAACUUGCACUUCCCACCUCACAGCAGUCACUCUGUUUUAUGGCACCCUUACAUUCAUUUAUGUGAUGCCCAAGUCCAUUUACUCAACAGAUCAGAAUAAAGUAGUAUCUGUUUUCUACAUUGUAAUGAUCCCCAUGUUGAACCCCUUAAUCUAUAGUCUAAGGAACAAUGAAGGAAAAGGAGCCUUGAGAAAAAUGAUGAGUAGGAAACACCUUUUUUCAUGAAUUCAAGUCACUAUGAUAAGUAUUUUUUAAGUACAUACAAUGUCCCAGGCACUGAGUUAGUUUUUGUGGAUAGAAGAACAAAAAUGAAGCAUUCCCUGCCUUUAACGUUCUAACGUUCUGCUGAUAUAAUGGUUAUGAAUAAGUGAUACCAAUAAAAGAACUUUUUAAAAGGUACAUUUUCAUUUUGAUGGACUAAAUUUGGGAAUUUAAAUGUUGAUUGCAAAUAUCUAAAAAUGCAAGUUUCCCAUCAACUUUCAUUUCCCAAUUUUGUAAAGGAGUAUGGAAAUAUGUCUUGUCUUUGCUCUUUUAUGGGUCCAUGAUUAUUUUUCAGAAUCUUACAAUACUCAUUUAUAGUGAUUUGUGGGCAUCAUUCUUUCCAUUUACACUGUUAUAAUCAUUUUGUACGUUGUAUUUUGGCUCUGUAUCAGAUCAUGUAAAUUUUUUAUGUUUCUGUAUUAAUCAUAUUUACUGCUUCUUAUAAGUAAUAUUCCAUUAUGUUAUCAUGCCAUAAUUCGUUUACUCAAUCAAAGGGCAUCUGGUUGGUUUCAGUUCUUUGCUACUACAAAAGUGAUAUAGUAAAAUUUUGAUUAUGCAAGGGCUUUUAUUAAUGAUCAACUUUGUGGAAUAAUACUUGAAAAAUGUAUUUUUUAAAUAUUUGAGAUACUUCUUUGAGUUGGAUGGUGAGGUAGAAAUAAAAAAAAGAAAUUUAGGACUUGUAAAAACAAAAGAUAUCAACAAAGAAUCAUUAAAAAAAAAUAAAAAUCUCUACAUCCUCAUCUUUCCUAACUUUCUAUUCUUGAACCUGGCUGCUCUCCCUACACUCUACAAUCUAACUACACUGGAUUAUUUGCCUUUCCCCACUCAUGAUACUACAGUUUCACAUGUCUGGAAUGCUUUGUUCCCCCAAUUAAACUAUCUCUAUAGACAGAUUACAUGAUGGUAUAUGUGAAAAAUUCUAGAAAUUCAACUAACUAAUUAGUUAAAACUACCAAUGAUUUUACCAAAGUUGCAGGAUAUAACGUCCACAUAAAUCAUCAGCAUUUUUAUAUGUUACUAACAAUGUCCUCUAAGAAGAGAUAGAAAGAGAUAUUCUAGUUACAAUAACCACAGAUAGAAGAAAAUACCUGGGAGUAUACCUGCCAAAACAAACACAGAAACUACAUGAAUAUUAUCAUUAAUCACUUAUUACAUAGGCAAGGUCAGAUCUAAUUAAUUAGAAAAAUAUUGUCAGCACAAUUAAAAUGACAGUCUUACCAAUCUAUUUUUUCAAUGCAUCCCAAUAAAAAAAAUAGUGUGCUUAUUCUUUGAUUCAGCAAUAUUUCUACUAGGUCUGUAAACCAAAGAGAUCAAAGGCCAAAGAAAAAGGGUCCAUGUAUACAAAAAUAUUCUUAGCUCUUUUUGUGCUGGCAAAGAAUUGGAAACACAAAGGAUGUCCAUCAAUUGGGAUAUGGCUAAACUAGUUGUGGUAUAUAAUUGUGAUGGAAUAUUCUUGUACUAUAAAAAAUGAUGAGCAGAAUGAUGUCAGAAAAACCUAGAAAACCUAACAUGUACUGGCCUGGAUAUGGGGGGUCUUGGGUUCAAAUGUGACCUCAGACACUUAGUAGCUGUGUGACCCCAGGUGACUUACUUAACUUCAGUUGCCUAGUCCUUACAGCACUUCUGCUUUGGAAUCAAUACUUAAUGUUGAUUCUAAGAAGA